GGUGCCGCACACCUUUGCUCUGCGCUCCUCUCCCCUCCCCCUCCCGUCCCCGCCUCCUCGGCCGUUCAGCUCCCUGGCGUGACUCGGCACUGCGAGCCCCGGGAGGAGACGCGUUUGUGCCAACUCCUCCGUCCAGGCCUCGCUUUUCCUGAGCUUCUCCCCUUUCUCGUUCGGUUUUCCUCUUCGCUUCAAAAGCCGGAGGCGCCGCGGCCGCCCGAGCGGGCUCUGUUUGAGGAUGGUGGGUGUGAAGCCCGUCGGGAGCGACCCGGAUUUCCAGCCGGAGCUGAGCGGCGCGGGCUCCAGACUUGCUGUAGUCAAGUUCACCAUGAGAGGGUGUGGACCAUGUUUGAGGAUUGCUCCAGCAUUCAGUUCUAUGAGUAAUAAGUAUCCACAGGCUGUUUUCUUGGAGGUGGAUGUACAUCAGUGUCAGGGAACAGCUGCCACAAACAAUAUAUCAGCAACACCCACAUUUUUGUUUUUUCGAAAUAAAGUGAGGAUUGAUCAGUAUCAAGGAGCAGAUGCUGUGGGACUAGAAGAAAAAAUCAAGCAGCACUUAGAAAAUGAUCCUGGAAGUAAUGAGGACACAGAUAUUCCAAAAGGCUAUAUGGAUUUAAUGCCUUUUAUCAACAAGGCUGGUUGUGAAUGUCUUAAUGAAAGUGAUGAGCAUGGGUUUGAUAACUGUUUAAGAAAAGAUACGACCUUCUUGGAAUCUGACUGUGAUGAACAGCUACUUAUUACUGUGGCAUUCAAUCAACCAGUUAAGCUUUAUUCCAUGAAAUUUCAAGGACCAGAUAAUGGUCAGGGUCCCAAAUAUGUAAAGAUUUUUAUCAACCUACCCCGAUCUAUGGAUUUUGAAGAAGCAGAAACAAGUGAGCCAACUCAAGCUCUGGAGCUGACAGAGGAUGAUAUUAAAGAAGAUGGCAUUGUUCCACUUCGUUAUGUUAAGUUUCAGAAUGUUAACAGUGUAACUAUAUUUGUUCAGUCUAAUCAAGGUGAAGAAGAAACAACAAGAAUUUCGUAUUUUACUUUUAUUGGUACUCCUGUCCAGGCAACAAAUAUGAACGACUUCAAACGAGUAGUUGGCAAAAAAGGAGAAAGCCAUUAAAGUACAAACAACACCGGAAGACCUAUUCCAAUCAGAUUUGCAGCUCCUGGAUAAUUGCUUGAUUCUCUCCAGAGACUGUCAGUGUUGCAUUCGUUGCCAUCACCAAUAAAUCAUUGCUUUUGUUCAGAUGGUAUCACUAGUGUUUUUAUUGUAAUCUUGAUACAUGCAAUUGUAAAUAAAAGUCAUUACUUUUGCCACCCUUAAAAUUUGUCAUUUAUGUAAGUAUUUUCCCAUACUUUUUAUUUUAAAAUAAGCCAGCUUCUAAUUUUAGGAGAGAUUUAAGUGUCUGAUAGCAAAUCAAUUGAAAGCUAGUUUCUCUCUUUAGAGGAGCAAACCUGUUGUAGGGAAUUAAGGAGAAUGUGUGUACACAUACAAAUACAGGCACACAAAGCAAGUGAUUUUAAUAAAUAGACUUGGAAUAGCUAACCAAUUAAAAAAUGAGUACUGACUUAAAUUUUUAUUAAAAGGUAUUUGCGUAUCUGGGGAAAAGAAAUUACUAACGUUACAAACUACCAGAAAUAGGACCAGUGAUUUAGCUCACUGGUUUUGGUGCCUGCCUGGCAAGCACAAGGACCCAAGUUCAAUCCCUGGUACCAAAACAAAACAAAACAAAAAACUUAUACAAACUACCAGAAAUAUCAGGUUUAAUGAGAUUGAACUACUAUUACCUCAAACUGUUAGUCUACAUAGUCUCAUGGAAAGAUUUUAAUCCUUUCUGAAUAGAAUAAAUGUUAAAGUUUGAGUCAGCCAUUUUCUUUACUAAUAUUGGAGUGUUAAAGUCAGACAGUUGGAAAAGAUACAGAACAAUGAACUGAAACUAGAAAUUACAAUCUUCAAUUCAGUGUUAGCUACCAAAACACUAGUAUUAAUGUAGAGAAUAUGAUGUAAGAUUGAAAAUGAGUUGUCCAAGUGUUUAAGACAUUUCAUAGAAGACUGGCUGAUAAAACAUUUGUUGUU